GGGUUCUAGCGCGCGCGCGCGCCGCUACACGCGCUCGCGAGCGCUUGGGUUUCUUGAAUGGGGAAAACGCGCGCGGCAACUGCAGCAGCAGCGGCAGACGACGACGACUACGACACACACACAGACACACCGACCGCGAUCGUCAACGGUCACACACGCGCUUUGGUGUCACACACACGAGUCAGUCGCUCCGCGUCGUCGAUCUUUUCUACGCACUCGUAUACCUAAAAAAAUAUUAUAAUAUAGGUAUAUUAUAAUAUUUUUUUUAUAAUUUAUUAUACGCGAUAUCGUUUCGUAAAUAUUUUCUCGUGACGUAGUCCGUCUUGUGCGUUAUCGCCGUUUUUAAUAACAUACGAAAUACAUAAUAAAUCUGUGUUUUUUUUUUGGUGCGUUUUUUUUUCGCGCUUUUUAAACAUUAUUAUCUUAUUAUUGACAUCUGUUGUCGCGUUCGAAAUAUGCAAAAGAUUUGAUUGAAAAAAAAAAUCCAUAUAUACACCGCAUACGUAUAUAAAAUAUACGGAACACGCGCGCACGACAAGUGUUCUUCGCCGACGGAAGUUUCCCGGUCGUUUGAGUUCGCGUGAAAAACUUUUUUGGUGGCCGGUGAUGCGUGAUGGUCGGACCGCGCGCGGUAACGGUGAUGUUUUACGUGGCGGCUGCGUUGACGUUGGCUGCGGCUGCAGUGGCGGCGGCGGCGGCGACGGCAGAGGCGUCGGAGUCCGUGAUGAUGGAGUUGACGACUAACAACGUCAACAACAACAACAACAACAACAACAACAACAUCGACCACAAUAACGACAACAACAACGGCAGCGGCGAGAGCGGCAGCGACGACCGGCGACUGCAGACGACCGUGCAACCAGCUUUGGUUGACCAACAACCGCCGCAGCAACAGCCACAGCCCAGGAGGUUCAGACACGAGGCGUCCGCAGUCAGGGUCCUCUACCAGACAGGGAGCUCGGAGGAAGAGUUGCCUGUGUGCGAAAAGUGGGCGGUGUGCAGCAAGGUGGACAUGUAUCAAUGGCCGUGGGUGGAGAGGCAGUGCAGGUGUCCACCGGGCGUGCCGCCGUGCUCGCAAAUGCUGUCGCCGGCUGACGGGCACACCAUCACGGACAAAACGAGACAGUUCAAGCUAUGCGAGCCCAUCAAGAUGUUGCCCAAAUGUCGUUACUUCCGCGACAUGGCGUGGACACUGCGCAGCGAGGGCAACGGUACGCUGCAGACGGUUCACUGUCACUGACCCAAGGGUUCGGUCGCCUACCUGCUGAAGCGGCAAACGUACCAGACCGAGUCCAAACAGAUCGGCUACCAGUACUCGUUCGCAUGCUCCCCGCAGAGCAGGCUCCGGUGCCAGCGCAAAGAACCUUGCCGGCUGUUCACGGUGCGCAAGCGACAGGAGAUGGUGGACGAGGUCAACACUAACACCCUGUGUCAGUGCCCUCCGGAACACGCGUGUCCGUCUCAUCACACGGACGCUGGAGUGAUACAGAGUAAGAACUACUCGGAAGAGAACAUCCGGACGUACAGCGGAUAUUGUAUGCAACCAUCGACCAACUAAACCACCCAAAAACCCUCGCUCAGACCCCCCGCCCUCAAACGGCCCGGCCACGUGGACAGUAUAACCGACGACAAGGGGAUCGUUUUUUUUAAAAUUAUUUUGAUUCAUUCCU